CUCGGCCAAGACCCAAAGGAGAAGAGAGAGGAAGCUCUGCAACUCCAUUUUCCAUAGGUGAACACGAGCUCAAACUCAAACAAGGAAAAAGAGGGAGUUUAAAGAAGGAAAAAGGCUAAGAAAGGUGUGUAGAAUUAAGGAACUUGUGAAAGGUAUUUCAAGUGAUUUCACAAAGUUGGAAAAGUCGCCGGAGUUGUCGCCGGAGUUGACCGAAAGUCGCCGGAGUUUCACCGGAGUUCAACCAAGAGGGGUAGAACUUCAUACGCUAGUUCAAGGUUGAAGCUAGGGCUUGCUACCUGCACCUUUCUACGGGUGACAUCAAAUCAAGGAAGACGUGAAAUGGAGGGCAGGCGAAUGCGGACCAGGAACAAUCCGAGGGGGCAGGCGCCGGUAACAUCCCAAAGGGGAAGCCGGGCUGCAUCUCGGGGUUCAAGAGGAGGCCGUGGAGGCCGUGGAAGCCGUGGAGGUCAUCAAGCUCAAACUGUUGAAGCUAGGGCUUGCUACCUGCACCUUUCUACGGGUGACAUCAAAUCAAGGAAGACGUGGUUCGUGCUUCCUCAUUUCAUUUCAAAUUACCAAACACUGCUCAUGGAUAUUUUUAUUUGUCAUAAACUAUUCUUUUGGGGCUUGCAUGCCCAUGUUAUUGGCCGG